UCUUACCGCUCUAUUUCACGCUCCUCGAGCGCUCCGUUUCUCCCAGACCGGGAGUGACGUCAGAGUCGACCGGAGCGGCUGGAUCUGCGGAAGACGAGAGUCCAGACAGAGAACCGGUGCGAUUCUGCCUGUUUUGGACUGAAAAGCUCCUAAAACACCACAAACAUUUCUGAAAUGCCCCUAAAAAGUUACUGAAAAGCCCUUGAAAGGCCCCAAGACGCUUCUGAAACAGCCCUAAAACGCUCCUAAAGUUACUUAAACACCCAGAAGAUACUGAAAUGCCCCUUAAACACUCCUAAAAGUCACUAAAAUGCCCUUGAAAGACCCCAGAAAAUACUGAAAAGCUUUUGAAAUGCCCUAAAAACUCUCCUAAACUUACUGACAUACCCCUAAAUUCUCUUAAAGGUUACUGAAAUGCCAUUGAAACACUCCAGAAGAUACUGAAACACCCCAAAACGCUUCUGAAGGUACUAAAACAUCCUUGAAACACACCAGAAGAUACUGAAACACCACAAAAUACUUUUGAAAAACCUUUGAAACACCCAGAAGAACUUCUGAAACACCCUUACAACACUUCUAAAGUUAUUGAAAGUUUCCUGAUAUGUUUUGAAACACUCAUAAAGUUACUAAAACAUUACUGAAACUUUCUUGAAAUGCUCCUAAAGUUCCUGAAACAUUCUUGAAACGCUCCUAAAGUUACCGAAACGUUUCUGAAACUUUCUUGAAAUGCUCCUAAAGUUACUUAAAUGUUCCUUAAACUUUCUUGAAAUGCUCCUAAAGUUACUGAAACGUUCCUGAUAGGUUCUUGAAAUCCUCCUAAAGUUCCUGAAACAUUCUUGAAAUGCUGCUAAACUUACUGAAACGUUUCUGAAACUUUCUUGAAAUGCUCCUAAAGUUCUUGAAACAUUCUUGAGAUGCUCCUAAAAUUCCUGAAACAAUCUUGAAACGCUCCUAAAGUUCCUGAAACAAUUGUGAAACACUUCUAAAGUUCCUGAAAUGCUCCUGAACUGCGAAUGAUCUCACCAUGUGACUCAGGAGUUGUUUUUUGAGUGUAUGAGCACGUUGUCACAGUAUGUCGACCAGCGCCGAGCUGCCGUUGCAUUGCCCGACCUGCGGAGAGGCGUGUGGGUUUGGAGAGCACCUGUCCAGCUUUCACUCCUGCCAGAAGCUCUGUCUGACCCCUCGUCGGAGCUCUGAGGGCGGACUGAUGUCCCUUUACGCCCAGCGAGAGAACGAUCGACCGCCCCUGCAGCUGGAGCUCCUGGAUGCCCUGAGUUUGGCCCGUCCGCUCCGAAAGAUCAUCAUCCAGAGGGACUCGCCAUCGUCUAUGUCUCCAGUGCUGGCGGUCGCCGUGAGCUCCAGAGCCGCAGAAGCGGAGGCAGAUGCCGGACACACCGUGGCCCAGCUGGGAGUGCCGUGGCUGGGCAGGCUGGCGCUGGAGGCCCGGCUUCAGCAGCUGGCGCUGGAGGUGCAGGAGCGCGUGUCGCUCAAACUGGAGGCACUGCAGGAUGAGGUGAAGCGGAGGAGCGCGGAGGUGAGGCGGGCCAGGAGAGAGAGCGAGCGCAUGCACAGAGAGAAGCACCAGGCGGAGGAGCGGGCGGCCGAACUGGAGCGGCAGGUGGACAUUUCCGUGGAGAUGCUGGCCGGCCUCAGAUAUGAGCUGAGAGAGAGAGACGAACAACUGCAGCGCAAGCAACAGGAAGUGUGUGAGCUGGACAGGUUUGUGCGGGACACGGCACUCCAGGAAGCCAGCGCAAAGAUCCGUCUGCAGCGCUUCAUCGAGGACCUGCUGGAGAGAGCGGAGAGAGCCGAGACGCAGCUGCAGAACCUCCAUGAUGAUGUCACUUCCCCUCACAGAUACCUGGCAGGAAGCAGAGCAUCAGGCUACCAGAGGAGUUACAGCGUGUCUGGGAUGAGCAGGAGAUCUUCUCAUGUGUCUGAUUACAGAGCCGCUCAGUACUACAGGUUCGAGCGGAGGCCCCGCACGCUGUCGGUGGGUUCGGGCGGUUGUGAGGGUCACUGGGACGGACGGCAGUAUCAGCACGUGUUGUGUGGAGCCGUUGAGGGGCCCGACAGUGGCUCCCAAUCGCCCUGGAUGAUCCAACACACACACACUGACGCCGAUUCAGACAACUGGUCACUUUACACCACAGAAUCACUGGACGACACACAACACACCGGAUACAGGACCUACAGCCACACAGGUCCAGAUCUGCACUGGUGUGUGAACAGAUCCAGUGAAUCGGCCGUGUGUUCGGAGCGUCUGAGGCUCAAAGCGGCGCUCUUCUGUGUGUUCACUUAUCUGGACACGCGCUCGCUGCUCACCGCCGCUGAGGUGUGUAAGGACUGGCACAGUGUCGCACGUCAUCCUGCUGUUUGGACGAGAAUAACACUGGAAAACGCACGAAUGUCAUCAAAGUUCCUGAUGACUCUGUCUCAGUGGUGCUGUCAGACUCAGUCUCUCGUUCUUCACAACCUCAAACCUCGAUCCCGUGGCAAGAAGGAGAGCAAAGACGAGUACUUGCGCAGCACCAGGGGCGGGCUGGAGGCGGGGCUGGAGGCGGUGCUAAAGGCAGCAGGGCGGAGUCUCAUCUCUCUGAGCGUCUCUCACUGUCCCAACAUUCUGACGGACAGAUCGCUGUGGCUCGUCAGCUGUCACUGCCGCGCGCUGCAGUCGCUCACAUACAGGAGCGCGUCGGAUCCGGCGGGACAGGAGGUGAUCUGGGCUCUGGGAGCGGGAUGCAGGAACAUCACGACGCUGCGCAUCACUCCUCUACAGCCGUGCCUGCAGCCCGGUCGCUUCAGUAACCGCUGCUUGCAGACGAUUGGCCGAUGCUGGCCGAACCUGUGCCGUGCUGGGGUGGGCGGGGCCAGCUGCGGCGCGCAGGGAUUGGCCUCUCUGGCGAGGAACUGUAUGAAUCUGUGUGAGCUGGAGCUGCAUCACAUGAACGAACUGAACCAGGAGGCGGCGGCGGAGAUCUGCAGAGACGGUCUGCAGCAGCUGCACACACUCAGCUUCAUCUCCACACCCGUCACCGCCAAAGCCAUACUGCACUUCAGCAGUGUGUGUGUGAGUCUGAAGUGUGUGCUGGUUCAGUUGAGUAUCUCUGAUUACUUCGAAGACGCCGACAAUGAAGAAGCCAAGAGAUUAUUUGAGGAGAUCAUCAACAACCUACAGGCGUUGAGAAAGCGUCCGGCUCUGAGUGAUGUCCUACAGAUCAGAGUGGAAAAACCCUGAGAAACACGUCUGAUCAGCUCCUGAUUCACUGUGACACACACACAAACACACACACACACACACACACACUUUUAUUGUUUUUAAAUAAAGCAAAUUAUAAGGACCACAGACAUAAACAACAUAAACCUUACAGG